CUCCGGGCGGGCCCUGCUUCCCGCAGCUGACGCGGGGGUGCUCCGGACUGGUCUCGCAUCCCAGGCCACGCCGCACGCCCUGCUCACCCCAUCACGGCCUGGGGACCCCAAGACUGCGAGGGAACUACGCCAAGAGCUUCUCCGUUCACCAAAGAGGGGGAACGGCCUCAUCCCUCGGUGCCAACACCAUCCAUCCCUGAGGGCGCUGGACCCUGAGGUGGCCCGAGCUUCACAGGAUCACCGCCUUGGGAGGGGCGGUAACAGGCCUUCGCGCUGGUGUCUUACAUCAGCCAAGCAAACCAUGCACGCGAUCGGAGCCAACCACCUCCAGCGGGGUUUUGCCCCGGACUUAAGGUGCGCGGAAACCGGAGCAUUCAGGCCUUCCUGGGUGCCUCCCGAAAACCUCAUCAUGCCAGUGACACGACUGCGAACGGCGGGUGGCACAAGCCAGGGGCUUGGGAUGGGAGGGUUUGGAAACCUCGCUCCAAGGACGCCCUCAUCCAAGGAGCUUCGGCUCCUUCCUAGAAUUUCUGGAAGCACUUUUGGAGGGACCGAGGGCUUCCGGCCGGGCCCAGAGGAAUUUGAGCGCUUGCCAGGGCAGGCGGGAGCGCAGCCUGGGAGUGGAGAGGCUGCUGGGCCACAUUCCCGCCGAGCUUCCCCCGCUGGGCCCCAGCCCCGCUGCGGCGCCCUAGGAAGCACCUCCGAAAACAAAGCGCUGUGGUUUCAGCCCAAGGUUAAAGUCCACCGCGAGCGUGUUUUUCCCCCCCUCCGGAAUCUAAGAGCGAUAGCAUUUCUCCAAAUAAGCCGCCAAUAAAUCAGCUCCCGGGGGCGCCUGCUGAAGAGCCCUGGUGACCUUGGGGGAUGGUUUUUCUGCCUGA